AUGAAGAUUAUUUCCCCGAUUCUAACUCAUCCAGUCUUCAGAGGCACCGUUCGGCUGCUGCUUUGCUUACUGUGGAUUGGAUAUUCCCAAGGAACCACGCAUGUGUUGAGAUUCGGGGGUAUAUUUGAAUGUGUGGAAUCUGGUCCAACGGGAGCAAUGGGAGCAGAGGAACUGGCCUUCAGAUUUGCUGUGAAUACAAUCAACAGAAACAGAACUCUGUUGCCAAACACCACAUUAACAUAUGACACCCAGAAGAUCAAUCUCUAUGAUAGUUUUGAAGCAUCCAAAAAAGCCUGUGAUCAGCUUUCUCUGGGAGUAGCUGCCAUCUUUGGGCCUUCACAUAGCUCUUCAGCUAAUGCUGUGCAAUCUAUCUGCAAUGCGCUGGGGGUUCCACAUAUACAGACACGCUGGAAGCAUCAGGUUUCAGACAACAAAGACUCAUUUUAUGUCAGUCUUUAUCCAGAUUUCUCUUCACUCAGCCGUGCCAUCCUUGACCUUGUGCAGUUCUUCAAGUGGAAAACUGUCACAGUUGUUUAUGAUGACAGCACAGGUCUUAUUCGAUUGCAAGAGCUUAUUAAGGCUCCAUCGCGGUACAACCUGCGUCUAAAAAUCCGCCAGUUACCAGCUGAUACAAAGGACGCAAAACCCUUGCUCAAGGAGAUGAAAAGGGGCAAAGAGUUCCAUGUCAUCUUCGACUGUAGUCAUGAGAUGGCGGCAGGCAUCUUGAAACAGGCAUUAGCAAUGGGGAUGAUGACAGAAUAUUAUCAUUACAUUUUUACCACACUGGACCUAUUUGCACUUGACGUGGAGCCCUAUCGUUACAGUGGGGUUAAUAUGACAGGCUUCAGAAUUUUGAACACUGAAAAUAGCCAGGUGGCCUCCAUCAUUGAAAAGUGGUCCAUGGAGCGACUGCAGGCACCUCCAAAACCCGAUUCAGGUUUGCUGGAUGGAUUUAUGACGACAGAUGCUGCUUUAAUGUAUGACGCCGUUCAUGUGGUGUCAGUUGCUGUCCAGCAGUUCCCACAGAUGACUGUCAGUUCAUUACAGUGCAAUCGGCACAAGCCAUGGCGCUUUGGGACCCGCUUCAUGAAUCUCAUCAAAGAGGCUCACUGGGAAGGUCUGACUGGCAGGAUAACGUUCAACAAAACGAAUGGCUUAAGGACCGAUUUUGACUUAGAUGUGAUUAGCCUUAAGGAGGAAGGUCUUGAAAAGAUUGGAACUUGGGAUCCUGCAAGUGGCCUUAACAUGACAGAAAAUCAAAAAGGAAAACCAGCAAACAUCACUGAUUCCCUCUCUAAUCGCUCCCUAACUGUAACUACCAUCUUGGAAGAGCCAUAUGUGAUGUUUAAAAAAUCUGACAAACCUUUAUAUGGGAAUGAUAGAUUUGAAGGAUAUUGCAUUGACCUCCUCAGAGAACUAUCAACUUUCCUUGGAUUCACCUAUGAAAUUAGGCUGGUUGAAGAUGGAAAGUAUGGAGCCCGGGAUGAUGCCAGCGGACAGUGGAAUGGCAUGGUCCGUGAACUAAUUGAUCAUAAAGCUGACCUUGCAGUUGCACCACUGGCUAUCACGUAUGUUCGAGAGACGGUCAUCGACUUUUCCAAGCCCUUUAUGACUCUUGGAAUAAGUAUUUUGUACCGCAAGCCCAAUGGUACAAACCCGGGCGUCUUCUCCUUCCUGAAUCCUCUCUCCCCUGAUAUCUGGAUGUAUAUUCUGCUGGCUUACUUGGGUGUCAGUUGUGUGCUCUUUGUCAUAGCCAGGUUUAGUCCCUAUGAGUGGUAUAAUCCACACCCUUGCAACCCCGACUCAGACGUGGUGGAAAACAAUUUUACCUUGCUAAAUAGUUUCUGGUUUGGAGUUGGAGCUCUCAUGCAGCAAGGUUCCGAGCUCAUGCCCAAAGCCCUCUCCACCAGGAUAGUGGGAGGCAUUUGGUGGUUUUUCACACUUAUCAUCAUUUCCUCGUACACUGCUAAUCUAGCCGCCUUUCUGACAGUGGAGCGUAUGGAGUCCCCCAUUGAUUCGGCAGAUGAUCUAGCGAAGCAAACUAAAAUAGAAUAUGGAGCAGUUGAAGAUGGAGCAACAAUGACCUUUUUCAAGAAAUCAAAAAUUGCUACCUAUGAGAAAAUGUGGGCAUUUAUGAAUAGCAGGAGGCAGUCUGUGCUUGUCAAAAGUAAUGAAGAAGGCAUCCAGCGUGUGCUCACCUCUGAUUAUGCUUUCCUAAUGGAGUCAACUACCAUUGAGUUUGUCACGCAGAGGAACUGUAACCUGACGCAGAUUGGAGGCCUGAUAGAUUCCAAAGGUUAUGGUGUUGGAACUCCCAUGGGUUCUCCAUAUAGAGACAAGAUAACUAUAGCCAUUCUUCAUCUGCAAGAGGAAGGCAAGCUGCACAUGAUGAAGGAGAAAUGGUGGAGAGGCAAUGGCUGCCCAGAAGAGGAAAGCAAAGAUGCCAGUGCCCUCGGAGUACAAAAUAUUGGUGGCAUCUUCAUUGUUUUGGCAGCAGGAUUGGUACUUUCCGUCUUUGUGGCAGUGGGGGAAUUUUUGUACAAAUCCAAAAAAAAUGCCCAGUUGGAAAAGAGGUCCUUCUGUAGUGCCAUGGUAGAGGAACUGCGGAUGUCUCUGAAGUGCCAGCGUCGGUUAAAACACAAACCACAGGCUCCUGUGAUUGUGAAAACUGAAGAGGUUAUCAACAUGCACACGUUUAAUGACAGAAGGUUGCCAGGUAAAGAAACCAUGGCAUAG